AUGAAUAGUUCAAAUAUUCUUAUUUUUCAGGUAGAAGUCAGUAAAGUAGAAGCACCCCCUUUAUUUGACAAAGCUCUCAUCACUCAUUUGGAAAGACUUUCUUUAGUACGAUUCAGUGAUGAACAAGCGAUUUAUAAUUUGAAACAAGCAGUUUCGUAUGCUAAUCAACUUAAACUUGUUGAUACUACGGGUAUUGAACCAUUGGAAACGUUGCUCGAAAAUAUUCCGUGUCCAUUGCGGGACGAUAUCGUUGAUGAAGAUGUUAUGACAAAGAAUGAGGUUCUAAUGAAUGCUGCUAAGACUGUCGAGGAUUACUUUGUCACGCCACCCGGAAAUAUACCGUUGGAAGAGUCAGAUAAACAGUAUUUAGAAAAAAUUGAGCAAUAA